UCGAAGCCUCCAGCAGCUGGCUGGUAGCCCUGUUGUUUUGCCUAUAAAUACGCUCGGUUUGCAUGCAUAGCUUCGCAUCACACUCGCAGUUGAUCUACAAUUGCAGAGAGCUUCAGUCAUGGCGUCCAAGGCGCUCCUCGUGUUCGCUCUCCUGCUCGCUGCUGCGUUCCUCGUCGCCUCAGCUAACGAGCAAGCCCAAGCAAAGGAGGAGAACAAGGCCGACGUGCAGGACCACAGCGGCGGCUACCCAGGCGGCAGGGGCGGUUACCCAGGCGGCAGGGGCGGUUACCCUGGCGGCGGCUACCCGGGCGGUGGGCGGCGCGGCGGGGGCGGCUACCCUGGCGGCGGCCGCGGUGGGUACUGCAGGUGGGGAUGCUGCGGCCGCGGGUACCGCGGUGGCUGCCGGUGCUGCGUGCGCCCCGACGAGAUCCCGGAGGCCAUGUACCGCCCCGAGUUCGUCGAGGUCCACAACUGAAGCUAUAGCAUGCAUAGGCAUAGCUACGUAGCACGUACGCCCGUACGGCUUACGUAGUCAGUAAAAGUUCGGCUUGAACAAUAAGAAGGUGCAUGCAUGCAUGCUUCUAUGUGUGUACGUGUACGUAUGUACGUCGCAGUGUGGUCAUUGGAGUCGCUAUUGUCGUCAUGUUAUCUGGUGUACUUGGGAUCGAUCUGUGUGGUUGAUGUAUGAUGCACACCGCUAUUAUGCAUGACAUGGAAUAAAUAAAGGACAUUUGGAAAAUA